UAUUUGUGUAAGCUACAUAAACUCAUAAAAGGUUUAUUGUACAGCCACGCAUGCGCCAUUUAGCAUCGUUUUUCGUGAAAUCGUUCGAAAGAAUCUGUUCUUCAUAUUUUUGGGCUGUCAUACGUAAACGUAAUCGUAUAGGAAUGAAUUGUAAUUGAUCGUAGUCGUUUUUCCAAAUAACACGAAACGUGACGAAUAAAAAAAAUGGUGUUAAAUGAUUGUCCAGAAUCGGAAAUAAUUGGUUGUGGAUUUAGUGCUUUUAAAGAAAUCGACGAAGUGACUUUUUUAAUUACUGAACUAAAAAAGGUGGAUCUUUCUCCGAGCCUUAUUGAAAAGAAUCGAGACCGAUUUAAUUUUAUCUUAUCACAAUAUCAGGAUCAAAGGCAAUUGCUAGAUCCUUAUUUGGAUGAUAUUCUACAGCCACUGAUUGGUAUUAUCAGAGAUGAGAAUUCUACGGAAAUUAUGCGGCAUAAUGCUUUUAAAUAUAUUUUCAUUGUUAUGUCCGUUAAAACAUACAAGAAGAUUGUUACAUACCUUCCACAUGAGGUAGCAGAUCUUUUCCCUGUUUUACGAAUGUUAGAAAAACAAGAUCCAAAUGAUGUGGAGACGUGGGAAACUCGUUAUGUACUUUUAAUUUGGCUUUCUAUAAUUUCAAAGAUACCAUUUCCACUCUCACGUUUAGAAGUUUCUGAUACUAAUUCCGAGCAAACAAUAAUAGUUAGAAUAUUGAAAAUAUGCAAAUUAUUUUGCGUAUCAAAGGACGCUUGUGCAGUAGCUGCAGUUUUUCUAAUUGCCAAUUUUUUAUCAAGAUCAGAUGUAAAAAAGUUGUAUUUGAAAGAAAUGAUAACAUGGAGUUUACAAUGUGUAGAAACUGAUCCUUUGAGACAUGGUCCAUUAGCAGUUAUAGCAGCUAUAUUAAAACACAGUGCAAGAGAAGAUGUUAAACCAUAUAUUCAAAUGAUUUUGGAUAAAGUUUUAGAAUUUCAUCUGAAUGAUAAUCCUGCAGAUCUUAUUCGGAAGUUUGGAAUUAAAAUUGUACAAAGAAUUGGAUUGGUGUUACUAGGAACAAAAUUGGCUCCAUGGAGAUAUCAAAGAACUAGUAGACCUAUAUGUCUAGAUCCUAAUAUUAAUACUAACUCUAACAUUAUAGAAAGUAUGGAGGAUAUUAAAAAUGUUUCAUCGAAUCAUGAUGACCGGGACAUUCCAUCAGCAAUAGAAGAUAUAAUUGAACAACUUAUACAAGGUCUUAGAGAUAAAGCAAUUACAAUACGGUGGUCUGCUGCAAAAGGAAUUGGUAGAAUAACAGCAAGAUUGCCAAUGGAUUUAGCAGAUGAGGUUGUAGGAUUUGUGCUAAAUCUUCUUUGUGGUCGUGAAUCGGAUGCUGCUUGGCAUGGUGGUUGUCUGGCAUUAGCAGAAUUAGGAAGACGUGGUCUUCUUCUUCCUCAUCGUCUAAACGAUGUGAUACCAGUUGUCCUUCAAGCCUUAGUAUUUGAUGAACCAAGAGCUUAUGGUUCAAUUGGAUAUUUAAUUAGAGAUGCUGCAUGUUAUAUUUGCUGGUCAUUUCCAAGAGCAUACGAUUCUGAUAUAAUUCAACCUUAUGUAAAAGAAAUUGCAGCUAUGUUAGUAGUUGUUACUUGUUUUGAUCGAGAAAUUAAUUGUAGAAGAGCUGCUUCUGCAGCAUUCCAAGAAAAUGUAGGAAGACAAGGAAAUUUUCCACAUGGAAUAGAGAUACUUACAAUUGCUGAUUAUUUUGAAGUUGGAGUUAGAAAUCAUGCAUACUUAAAAAUUAGUGCACAAAUUGCACAAUAUGAAGAGUAUACAAAAUCUUUGAUUGAUCAUUUGAUUACAAGAAAAGUUACACAUUGGGAUACAGCAAUUAGAGAACUUGCAGCCAAAGCCCUCUUCAAUCUAACAUCUAUUGAUCCUAAUUAUAUUAAGCAUACAGUUUUAUUAAAUUUAUUAGAUAUGUUAAAUUCUAUUGAUUUAAAUAUUAGACAUGGUGCAGUAUUAGCUAUUGCAGAAAUCUUGGAAGCAUUGUAUAAUUGCUGCAAUGAAAAAAUUGAAGAUAUAAUUGGACUAUCAGCUGUGGAAAAUGUCAGAAACAUAGUUAACAUUUUUAGGAAAAGAGGACAAUUCAAAGGUCUAGGAGGAGAAUUAAUGAAACAAGCAUGUGCUGUGCUCAUAAAAAAGUGCUCUAUUGUUCAUUUUCCAAUUUCCGUUGAAAUUAUUUGUGAGUGGCAAAAUCUUUUAGAGGAAUGUUUGGGUCAUGAAGUAUCUGUAGUAAAGAUGAAAGCUGCUGAAGCACAUACAGAAUUUUUCCGAAAAUACUAUGCAAACAUGGAUAAUCAAGAUCGCAAUAUUGUUAUUAAUCGUUACCUUGAUAAUUUACAAUCAAGUAAUCAACUUGUUCGAAUAGGCUUUGCACAGGCUAUAGGCUAUUUCCCUUUAUUUAUAAUUUGUGAAAGAGUAAAAGAUAUAAUAGAAGCUCUCAUUAAAUGUACUGAAAUAUCAGAAAGUUCUUUAAAAUGGGCAGAAAGUAGGAAAGAAGCUAUUCAUGCAUUAAUAAUGGUUUGUCAAACUCUGGGAGUAAAAGAAGCAGAUAAAUGGCGUAUAUAUAUUCACAACUUAUAUGAUUGUUAUUUAUUGGCAUUGAAAGAAUAUACUAUAGAUAGCCGUGGAGAUAUAGGAGCUUGGGUACGAGAAGCAGCAAUGACUGGUUUACAUAUGUUAACAAACUUAGUAUCACAAGCAAAAUUAUUUUCUGUAUUAAAUGAAAACUUAAUGGCAAAUAUAAUUGGAGGAAUUGCACAACAAGCUGUUGAAAGAAUUGAUGGAAUUCGAGCGCAAGCCGGAAUUGUUUUCAGUGCUCUUAUUCAUAAUGAUCCUCUUUUACCAAACAUUCCAUAUCAUGCAGAAUUAAAAACUCUUUUUCCUUAUGAUGAAUGUAAAGAAAAUAUAGAAUGGCGAAUGGAAUCUGCUACUUUCCCACGAUUUAUUAAAAUGUUAUCUUAUCCUCCUUAUACAAUGAAUCUUCUACGUGGAAUUAUAUUUAGUGUUGGUGGUUUAAGUGAAUCUUUGGUUAAAUAUUCUAGUGUUUCCCUAUUUUCUUAUUUACAAGAAUUAGAUGAAUUGGGUCUCAAAAGUUUAUGCUAUAAAAUUUUAAAUAUUUUUGAGGAAAGUCACAAAAAUGAAAGAAUGAUUACAUCAAUGCUAGCUUUCUUAGAUCGCUUACUUAGUUCCGGUUGUAUCCAAGUCGUUCUUGAUGAUUUUGAAAAUGAAAUUGCAGAACAAAUUCUAAUACUGCUUAAACAAGAAAUAAAAAAUACGAACAAUACUAAGUUGUUAAUUAGCAGUAUAAAUGUAUUUUGUCAGCUCUUACAGAUACACGGACCAGUUGCAAAAAGAGCAUUUUGUCAGUUAAGUAUUUUUCUUUGUCAUAAAUAUAAAUGCAUACGGAAAGUAGCUGCAUUAAGAACAUAUGAAGCUUUAACUCUUUAUGGGGAAGAAAUGGAUCUUUCAGAACAAGAUUUAAUGAAAAUUUUGACUGAAUUAAAUGUCACUGACUGGGAACAAUCAGUAUCUGAACUUCGACCCAUAAGAAAUCAUCUUUGUGAUUUAAUGAAAGUACCUGCUCCUAUUUUGCAAAAUAAGGCCAUGAACUGAGCUUGCUUUUAAAUUUUGUCGCGUCUCAGUUAAAUUGGUAUAGAUCCAACAAUAAGGGGCCUCCACAAUUUUUCAGUGAUAUAGUCAUCGCAGACUGCAUUUUCAAAAGCUAUUGUAAACUUGUAAUUGGCAAUAAAAGAAAGAAAAUCUUCACUGUUCAAUAUUUCAAGGUAGAUCUGCAAGAGUUAGAGGUACAUCACUAAAUCUGCUAAAUGUUGAAGAGUAUGUAAAAAGAUUCAGAGUUUCCUGUUGAACUAAUAUUGGAUUAUUUCUUGGGGAUUCUUCAUGAAGCAAACCCCACGGAAUUUCGUCGGAUUUCCAUUUUGGUAAAUCAUUAAUUCGAAAAUUACUACCAUAGAAAAGAAAACUCUGAAAAUUAAGAGCGAUAUAUAUUUCAAACAAUAAUGCUGAAAACAAGUAUGAGCAAUUUGCACAUUUAUAACAUUAAAUUUAAUAAAUUAUAAAUCAUUGAUUUUGUAAUAA